UGCCUGGUAAAAACAAACAAACCCGUAAAUAUCUUAAACACUUUUAACCAAUUCGGUGUUCUUGAGAACAAAACUGUUAAUGUUAUUGCAAAAAAUUCAAAAAAUACCUGUUGGGAACACCCUAGCAGUUUGGUUACUAAUAAUAGCUCAAACAACAGGAAGACGUGUUUAAACCGUGAUAAGAAGGCAGUUAAAAUACUUCCUCAUACAAACCAGAACUUUAAUAACUCAAAAAAUGUUAUGAAUAGAGUUUCAGAUGUCAGCUGUUUACAAUAUUCUAUUGUAGAUCCGGUUGCAGAGAAACAAAGCUCCAUUGUACGUGCCCGUUCAGAAAAAUCACGCAAGUUAGAUAUAAAUGAGUCUAUUUUUACAAAUCGUGACCACAUUUGUAAUACUAAUGAUGUUUGUCACAAAGAUACAACCCACAAAAAUAUUGGGAGUUUACCUAGUGGAAAUGGGAUUCCCAAGACAUUUAAAAUGGCUAUACCUGAGAAAUCAAAGACGAUGAGCAAGUCGUUAGUAGCAAUGAUACUUGAAGGGAAAUUCAGCGAAAAGGAAUAUUGGGAAGUUCUCAGAUCUUCGGAUAACAAACAAAAGCAAAUCCAAUUUUCUCCCAUCGACUCCCGAGAAAAUGUGACGGUCCGUGUAGACGAGAUUGGAAUGAGCCCUACAGUAAAAACCGAAAACCUUUCUGACCAAUUAAAAGAAAGUUUUAGUGCCAGUCCCGGCUCACCUGUGUCAAGUUCUGACACUUUUGAUUUGCCAGACGUUCGACGUCAUAAGGAAAAUGAUGUCAAUCCUGUUGACCAACUCAACGACCUCUGCCCUCUGACUCCUGUGUCCUAUCCGGUUACAGUAGUUGCCAGUUGUGAAAACUUGCUUAAUGGACCAAUUAAACCGUUUAGCCCUAAAUGUGUAACCAGUUCUGCGGUGAACGAAAUAUUUGAUAAUGACGAGGCGGAUCUGGUCACUCCUGAAUCUAUAUGCAAUCCCUUUAACGUUCCGGAAACGGAAGUGGACAGUGGUAACCAACCAAUGAAAAUGCUUAGUUUCAACCCACCCCUUCCAAUAUGUGUAUGUGCAGAAGGUGAUAAUAUUGGCGAGGCUAAAGUUGAACUCCUGAGUUACAAAGUAGUCGAAACUCUUUCUUCUAACCCGCCCGUCCCACAACGUGUAUUCAGUUCCACUACCGCUUCAAACGUUCAAAUUGAACCAAACGAAACCCAUAGUGACAACUCACAAUCCCCGAGCUGUGCCUCACAUACUAAUACUGCUGCUGUGGCCAAAGAUGACAAUGUUAAAAAAUUGAUUAAUCAACAACAUGAAAACUUUAGUUCUGACCUUCUCCUUAGAAAAUAUGUAUCCGAUCCAAUUUCGGGAAUUUGCCCUGGUGUAAACUAUUUGCAGUUAGGCAAAGACAUACACAGCAAAUACAAAAUUAUUAAAAGGAACAGAAUGAUUUUUAAAAGAAUAAGAUACGCUAAACAGGUUUUGAUAAAGGCAAACCAUCGGCCCGUCAAGAGCUUGCGAGUUCGAAGACCAGUGGUAUCCAACCACCAACAUCUUAUGAAGGGAGAUAGUCCUACACAGCUAGAUAAACAAACCACAGGUGUAACCGAAUGCUUACAUAUUCCCGAUCCGUCUUUUCGCGAUAUCGCUAGUGCUUCAGAUACCUCUGGUGCUCUACCGGAUCCAGAUAUCGCUGUUGAUCUACCUCGUCCAGAUAUUGCUAGUAAUCGACCUUCUACAGAAAUCGCCAGUGAUCUACCUGGUCCAGUUACUGCUAAUGAUCUACCUGGUCCAGAUACCGUUAGUGAACUACCUGGUUCGGAUACUGCUAGUGAUCUACCUGGUCCAAAUACUGCUAGUGAUCAACCUGAUCCAGAUACUGCUAGUGAUCUGCCUGUUCUAGAUACUGCUAGUAACCCCCCAAUUCCAGGGGUUACUAGUGGUCCACCCUGUCCAGAUACUGCCAAUGAGCCAUCUUGUCCAGAUACUGCUUGUGGUCCACUUUGUCCAAAUACUGCUACUGAUUUACCUCCACCAGAUAUUUCUAGCGAUCCACCCUGUCCAGAUACGGCUAGAAGUCGACCAUGUUCAGACAUUAUUAAUGGUCCACCUAGUCUAGAUACUGCUAGAGUGCCACCCUGUCUAGAUAUUGUUAGUGAUCUGCCUUGUCCAGAUACUACUAGCGACCCACCUUGUCUAAUAAUGGAUAUUGAUCCACCUCGCGUAGAUAUCGCUGAUGAUCCACCUUGUACAGAUGUUGCUAAUGGGCCAACUACUAGCACCCCACGAUAUCCAGCGACUACUAGUGUUCCACCUUGUCCAGAUGCUGGUAGUGGUCCACCUCGUCCAGAUAUUCCCGGGGAAGUUCAGUUAACCAAUGUCAUAUACGAGGAAACCUAUCUAGACAAUGGUGAUUUAGUGUUGGAUCCGCGGUUCAUUGACGUCAGAGAGGAAACAAUUUUAACGGCAGAAUUUUACCCCGAACAUUUGGAGUUAUCUGCCCAUAUCCGACAGAAUUAUCACACCAACGAGAACCUGGCAAAACGGAAACAUGUAGGAUACAAAAUCAGAAAAUUACGAGGUAGAAAAUCUUAUUCUUGUGAUUUCUGUGCCAUACGUUUCUCCACGUUAAAAGAUAUUCAAAACCAUAUAAGGGAAAAUUAUGCAGAUUGUGGGAAGGAACCCGAGAUUGCGUCAUCACCUGCACGAGAACAACACAAUCAGGAACUAGACGGCAAGGAGGAAUCCGAAAAUGGGGACAAAAGAAUUAAAAGGUCUUAUAUAUGUGAGUUUCUGUUCUGUGAUCAUAGUUUUACAAAGAAGAAAGAUUUAAAACAACACGUGAAAGAUCAACAUGGUUCCGGGUUGAAACGCCCCUCAAAGAAGUUGACCCCGCAGGUGACCUUUCCUUGUGGUGUGUGUGAAAAGAGAUUCCUGAAGAGGAAGAAUUGGUUAAUCCAUACGAGGCGACAUAUUGAUCCCGACUACAAAAUACCCAGACCUAAGGUAGCGUUCAAAUUUAAGAAGACGAAAUCCUUUAAACAAACAUGCAUCCACAAACAUGCGAUCUCGCAACGCAAACGCACAAAAAUGUUACGAACAUAUUAUUGUGAUUUUUGUGAAUUCAGUUUUACGAAGAAACAGCUUUUAACAGCUCAUCUAAAUGAAGAUCAUCAUUGGAAGACCCCUGUUAAAAAUAAGACAGUUAAGACCUACUAUUGUAACUUUUGUGAACUCAGUUUUAUAAAAAGAAGCGCUUUAACAAUUCAUCAGACAGAUGCUCAUCCGUCAGCUAAUGUUGAAACGAAAUUUCAGAGUAGACAAAAUGCUCAAAAAGGCGUUAAUCGCAAACCCAAGACGAUCAAGACCCUUCACUGUAACUUUUGCGAACUGAGUUUUAUGAAACGAAGCGCGCUGUCCAUUCACAUGACAGAGGCUCAUGGGUAUUUUGAAAAGGUUGCACCUAAAGCAACCAAGACACAUUAUUGUAACUUUUGCGAAUUGAGUUAUAUGAAACGAAGCGAGUUGUCCAUUCACAUGGAUGAAGCUCAUGGGUAUGUUGAAAAAGUUGCACCUAAAACCACUAGGACACAUUAUUGUAACUUUUGCGAACUCAGUUUUAUGAAACGAAGCCUAUGGACAGAUCAUAUGAGGGAAGCGCAUCAGGAAAAUGGAGGAUCGUGUCAAAAGACAACCUCUCUUGAUAUUAAAGGAUUCAAGAAGCAACAUUGUCAUUAUUGCGGAUUAAGUUUUAUAAAACGGGACGCUUUGGCGAUUCACAUAAGGAAAUCCCACCCGUCCGUUGAAAAUAGAACACUAAGUGAAAAGGUUGUACCUAAGGCUAUUUCGCGUAAAGGUAAAACAACAAUCACGCACCAUUGUAAUUAUUGCGAAUUAAGUUUUAUGAAACGAGGUGAUUUGGCAGUUCAUACGAUCGAAGCCCAUCCGUUCACAAAUAUAGAAAAUAGACACAUACACGAACCUGGCUUAACUAAAAGUAACACUCCAGCAGCUAAAAAAGCGGGUACACAAUAUUGUAACUAUUGCGAAUUAAGUUUCAUGGGCCGAGGCGAGUUGGCGGUUCAUACAAUAGAAGCCCAUGAUUUCUCUGAUAAAGAAAUGACACCACUAAACGAAAAGAGCGCAACUCGGUCGACAGAAAGUUACCCACCUGUAGACAAUGGUGGUGAGCCACCACAUAAAAAGUUGAAACCCUCAAGGACAGAAAGGACAACGUACCAUUGUCACCUUUGUGAAUUGAGCUAUGUGAAUAAACGCGAUUUAUCGGACCACCUGCACGACGAUCACCAGAUUUCUCAAAUUAAAAGAGUUAAACCCACAACCUUCCAAAGCAAUCGAAGAAAAAAACAAGUAAAGAAGCAUGUUUGCGUUUUUUGUGAUACUCUUUUUGCCCAGAAGAGUCAACUGGCCGAUCAUCUAAAAGAUGUUCAUCAGUUAACCUUGAAGUCGACUGAUGAUUCCGAGAACAAAUCCGAUUCAUCAAAAAUUAAACAGUUCGAAAUCUUCCCUUGCGAAUUUUGUGAGCUUCGUUUCGGCAAGAAGGGGAUGAUAAAGCAUCUUCGUUCAGUUCAUUCAUCCAGUGCUGGGCUUGAAGCAGCUGUGAGCAAAUGUAGGAAGGUCAGGAGAAAAAGGGAAGUUGUAACACACUUUUGUAAGCUCUGUGAGUUAAGUUUUAUCAAGAAAAAGGAGCUUCUCGUCCACACAAAGGAAUGCCACAGAGUAAAAAGGUUAUUAAAGUGUGAUUUUUGUGAAGAACAAUUUUCCAAAAAAUUACAAUUGACUGACCAUGUGAAACAAAGUCACCCACCUGUGGUAAAUCUCAGUAUCAUCACUGGCGAGACAGACGGAGUUCCGGAUACACUUGAGCGGGAUUACGAGGUAAUCGGAGAAAUCCGAAUCAAAGACCGUAAAAUAUUUUCGUGCGAUUUCUGUACUUUUAUGUUCAUUAAACAAAAACAUCUGAUUGCGCAUUUGAAAGAGCAUCACCAGGACUGCCAGUAUCAGUGCGGAGUCUGCGGUAAACUCUUUACCAACAAGUCCAGGUGGAAGACUCAUCUUAAGCUCCACGAACCAGAUCCACAGUUUAAAUGCGGUGAUUGCGAGAAGGCUUUUCCAUUCUGCCAUAUGUUAAACGCACACAGAAAGCACGUCCACGAGCAUGUAAAAUCACACCAGUGCCAUUUCUGUGGAAAGCAAUUUUCUACGGGAAGAGUCCUAAGAGAUCAUUUGCUCAUUCAUACCCAAGAACGACCACAUGUUUGCCAGUUCUGUAACAAAGCCUUCACCCAAGCCUUUAAUCUCAAGCGCCACAUGUGGACACAUACCGGGGUUAAGCCAUACAGCUGUGAUAUUUGUUUAAAGUCGUUCCGCGGUUCCACGGAUCUGAAGCGUCACCGACUCAUCCACAACAGCCUAAAGCCGCACCAGUGUGAACUUUGUGAAUUGUCAUUCAGACAGUUGAGUCACCUCAACACGCAUCGGAAAAGCCAACAUAUGCGCAAAGAUCCCUUUUCUCUGUAAAUAAUAAAAGAUUUAAAUGCA